AAUAUUCCAAAUGUUCCAAUAUUCAUAAGCAUCAGUGAGGUGGAAAUAAAUAAAAGAAUUAUUAAUCAACCCUUUAAUAUAUCCAAGAUUGUCAUGACAAAGAUGCUCACCGGAGAAGAAUAUGGUUGUGUUAACAUACAUAGGACAAAUGCAGAGAAAUAUACUUGUAAAGUUCUGAAAGCCAAGAAUUGGUUGUUGAAAAUUAUUUCUCCUGAAAAACAUGGACGAAAUUUCUCCGUAGAAAUAAUCCAAGACACGUUAACGUCUUUCACUAGAUAUUUGAGAUGGGACUAUUUCUCUACAUAUGGAGAUAGCUAUAUUAAGUAUUUUAAUCUAAAGACUUAUGAAGAUGAAGAAAUUACAAAUAUAAAUCUCCAUUUUGAUGAUAAAUCUCUGAGAAUCAAUGAAGUAAAAAUAUUUUCUUAACCUACUUUAACCCUUUAGCAUUUAAAACGACCAUAUCAUAUCCAGCCCCAAUAUUCUCCCUGUUUUAUGUUCAAACCAGCCAUAUCUGACCUCUCACACCUACCCUACAAUCUUGUUCUAACAAUAAACCAUCACAUCAUCGAAAUCUUGAAGCUAUGAAAUAAAACAUGAUUAUUUCAAACCAAUGUGAAUCAAUAAGCAUUACAUUUGACCGAGAAACCUGAAUGUUAGAGAGAAAACAUGUAGAGAUGUUAGGGAGUCAGGCUACAUGUUUUAUGGAAGUGAAUUUCAUACUUCAAAAUGACUGGGUUCACAC